GCAAAAGGUAAACAACAACAACAACAAAUAACGUUAAACGUCAAAAUGACGCGCGAAGAAGAGGAAGAGGUGCGCUUGUUGCUCUCGCGUCACCAGGAACGGAUUAUGCUCGAUUUGGGCAGCACCGAUCUGCUGGCGGUGCUUGUCAAAAACUCCGUUCUCAGCCAAUCCGAGGAGGAUCUUCUGCUGAAGCCAGCAGCUGCCUCAGUAGCAGUAACAACUGCAGCGCCCUCUAGCGCCGGUGCAUUGACAAAACGCAAAUUGAGCGCUGUCGCCAGCAGCAGCAGCGGCAGCGGCAGUGGGGGCAGCGCCAGCGUCAGCGUCAGCGUUGGUGGCGAUUAUAGCUCUAGUUUGGCGGGCUCGUCGCGCAGUGCAAGUGUUAACGGUGAUCACGAGCACGCCCAGAGCGGCGACAAUCGCUCCCUAACGCCCUCUGUCGGCGCACCCAGCGACGCCGAAAUACUUCGGCUGCAGUGCGCCAAUCUCAUCGACAUCAUCGCCAAAAGUGGCUUCGAGAAAUUCAAACAGUUCUGCUACGCCAUCGAGUGCGAGUGUCCGCAGCUGAUUGAGGAUUUAAUUAACGAUCGUCUCAAAAGCGAUGCCGCCAAUCUCGAGAACAGCCCAAGUGAGGAAAAAAUACAAAAGGAAAUCGAAACGAUCGAUUACAUUGACAAAGAAAAGGAAAACGAUCGCAACCGUCGCGCUGUUAGCUAUGGCGGUGGAACCUCCCCGACCCACUGCGCGACCAUACCGCGUGCCGCGCCGCGUCGUGUGGCGCUCAUGAAGGAGCCACCGCCGCCGCCGCCGCCGAAGCCGCAACUGACAUCGAAGGCAUCACUGCAGUCCACAGACUCCUCGCAUGCGUCCAGCAUCAGCAAGUAUCCGCAGUCUGAGUACAAUCUCAUACAGAAGAUCGACUCGAAUAGCACGCUGACUGCACCAGCGCAGUACCAGCCACAGAAUUUCUAUGCCAACACUGGCACAAUAUCCUCCACCAAUGGCGGCUACUCGUCCCUGCUGUGCCACGCCAGCUCCACGGCCAGUCCGCUGGCAGUGCGCAAGAGGGACAAGCUGCUGCAUCGGUUCAGCGAUGCGGCCACUUUGGGACGCAAGCUCAAGAAAAAGAAGAACACGAAUCGCACCUGCCGCUCCAUGACCGAAGCCAUUGAGAUGCUAGCCGAUCCGGUCAUCGAGGAUGAGUUUUUUGGCGAUCGCACCACAUGGGAGUAUCACACAGUUUCGGUGACUCGAGUGCCCGGCUACGGGUUUGGCAUUGCCGUUUCCGGUGGACGUGAUAAUCCCCACUUUGCCAACGGGGAUCCCUCGAUAGCAGUCAGCGAUGUGCUCAAAGGUGGACCAGCCGAGGAUCGUUUGCAUGUAAAUGAUCGCAUCAUCACAGUGAAUGGCGUCUCGCUGGAGAACGUGGAGUAUGCGACUGCUGUGCAGGUGUUGCGCGAUAGCGGCAAUACGGUCACACUGGUGGUGAAGCGACGCGUGCCACUGAAUGUGGCAACAGCAGCAGCAGCAGCGGCAGCAGCAGCCGCAACAAAUCCCGCACAGCACCAGCACUCGCAUUCGCACAGCAUGAGCUCGAUGGGAUUGGGAUUGAGCAAUGGCAAUGUUGGCGUGGCCAACAGCCAGGCGCCCAGCGCCGCCAUGUCCAGCAUGAGUCAACCCAAUUCGUUGAACUCCUCGCUGGUGCAGACGACGACGGGUGUGGCGGGUGGCGGUGUGGUUGGCGGCGGUGCACAGCCGAUUAAGGUCACCCUGACCAAGGGCAGCAAGAAGGAUGACUAUGGCAUUGUGCUGGGCUGUCGCCUGUUCGUCAAGGAGAUCUCGACGAAGGCACGGGAUCAGCUGACUGCCAAUGGAUACUCGCUGCAGGAGGGCGACAUCAUAACCCGCAUCCACAACACCAACUGUGCGGACACGAUGAGCCUCAAGGAGGCCAAGAAGAUCAUCGAUGGCUGCAAGGAGCGUUUGAAUCUUGUCGUGCUACGGGACAUUACCAAUCAGGCUGCGUCAGCGCUCAGUCAACUGAACAAUUCCGGACAUCAUCAUCAUCUGCAGCAGCAGCAGCAGCAGGCGGCCAAUGCGAAUCUGUAUGCGACGCAUCAGGCGCAGGUCUCCAGUUGCAGCAACAAUCUGGACGAUGCCUAUCUGCCGGGUGGUGCGGCCUACUCCUCACAGAAUCUCUACGUGCAGCCGCCGACGCGCACCUCGAACGGACCCAGCAGCGUCAACGGGCUGAAUGGCCUCAGCGAGGAGAAGAGUAAUCUGACGCCACGCGGACGUUCCCGUGGUCCGCUCAUGGAUGGUGUCUCGCUGCAGCAGCUCGAUCGCCCCGUUACGCCCACCACAAAUGGUGGUGUGGGACGUGGGCGGAUCGAUGAGCCACCGAGGCCACCGCCACCACGUGCCGCCCUGGAGGACUUUUACAGCUCACGGCGGCAGCUGUACGAGGAGCGUCAGAGUGCCGAGCCCCGUUUCAUCUCAUUCCAAAAGGAGGGCAGCGUUGGCAUCCGGCUGACCGGUGGCAACGAGGCGGGCAUAUUUGUGACGGCGGUGCAACCGGGUUCGCCGGCAUCGCUGCAGGGCCUGAUGCCCGGCGAUAAGAUACUCAAGGUCAACGACAUGGAUAUGCAUGGCGUGACAAGGGAGGAGGCGGUGCUGUUUCUGCUCAGUCUACAGGAUCGCAUCGAUCUGAUUGUGCAGUACUGCAAGGAGGAGUACGACGAGGUGGUCACCAAUCAGCGCGGCGACUCCUUCCACAUCAAGACACACUUCCACUGCGACAAUCCGUCCAAGGGCGAGAUGGCCUUCAAGGCCGGCGAUGUUUUCCGUGUCAUAGAUACGCUGCACAAUGGCGUCGUUGGCUCCUGGCAGGUGCUAAAGAUUGGACGUGGCCACCAGGAAAUGCAGCGCGGCGUCAUCCCAAACAAAUCACGUGCCGAGGAACUGGCCACGGCUCAGUUCAAUGCCACCAAAAAGGAAAUGAAUGCCAACGAAUCUCGCGGCAAUUUCUUCAGACGUCGACGAUCGACGCAUCGUCGCUCCAAGAGCCUGUCACGGGAAAACUGGGAUGAUGUCGUCUUCUCGGACAGCAUAUCCAAGUUUCCGGCGUACGAGCGAGUUGUGCUGCGUCAUCCCGGCUUUGUGCGUCCUUUGGUGCUGUUCGGACCCGUCUCUGAUCUGGCGCGAGAGAAACUGGCCAAAGACUAUCCGGACAAGUUUUGCACGCCACUGCAGGACGAUGACAAGGCUAGCAAUGGGAAUGUGAGCAGCAGUGCCAGCGCCACAGCCACAGGCGGUGCUGGUGCUGGUGGUGCUGGUGGUGGUGGCAAAUGCCGCAUUGUGCGACUCUCCCACAUACGCGACAUAAUGGAUCGGGGCAAGCAUGCGCUGCUGGAUAUAACGCCCAAUGCGGUGGAUCGGCUCAACUAUGCACAAUUCUAUCCCAUUGUCAUAUUCCUGAAGACGGACAGCAAGCACGUGAUCAAGCAGCUGCGACACGGUCUGCCCAAAUCGGCGCACAAGAGCUCCAAGAAGCUGCUGGAGCAGUGCCAGAAACUGGAUCGUGUCUGGUCGCACAUCUUCAGCACACAGAUUGUGCUCAACGACGAGGAGUCCUGGUAUCGCAAAUUGCGCGACUCCAUCGAUCUGCAGCAGAGCGGCGCCGUCUGGAUGUCCGAAUCCAAGCCCGUCGAAUCCCUCUCCGAUGAUUUCCUAUUUCCCAUGACCACAUCCCGUUUAUCGUAUGCAUCAAGUCCCGAAUCUGACUUGGAGCUAAGUCCCGGGCCAUCCGCAUCAUUGUCGCUUGGCAAUUUGCCGCAAUUGGUUAAAGCGAGCUCAGAUCCAUCGAUUGCCACUAACCAGGAUAACUUGGAUAGGGAUAGAGACAUAAUUGGUGAAGGACUACCACCUCCAUAUACGGUACCCUAUGAUCAUGGUGUGCAGCCGCCACCGAAUCGCCGCCAGACCCUCGACUCCAGCAAGUAUAGCAUCUACGGCACCAAUGUGCCACAGCAGCAGCAGCAGCAACAGCAGCAGCAGCAAUCUGGUGAUCCCUCAGCAAUUGCGGCACGCCCCCAAUCCCUGUACGGCAUCAAUGCACCGGAUUUGCCGCCACGCAUCGAUCGUCAAUCGAAGCCGGGUGAUUUGCCACUCAACACGUCGGGCAGCUCAUCGCGCAAUGGCAGCUCGGGCGGCACUCUGGGCCGCAGCGCUCAGGAGCGUCUCUUUGGCAAGGCUGUGCUCCAGGACGAUGUCCAGGCCGAGUAUGUGACGCGCAAUGCCUUGGUCGGUGCCGGUGGCGACACCAUCGAGCGUCAGCAGCAGCAGUUGCAACAGCAGCAGGCUUCGUUGGACCGUCAGGCACGCAUGAAUGCGGCCAUGGGGAGCCCGGCGCAGCACAAGACUAAUGGUAAUGCCAAUGCCAAUGCCAAUGGAGGUGCUGCCUCCACCUACGACAGCGUCUCCAGCUACGACUCGUACAACAACACACAGCUGGCCAUGCAGAAUCUAGGCCGAUUGGGUCCUAAUGCGCCCGAUGAUCUCAAAUCAGUGCCAAAUGCAAGUGGUCGUCCUUUGCCGCCUGUUGGUCAGCCCCAUGACUAUGGUCGAUCCGUGCCGCACGAGCACCGCGCCUUUGCAGCGGCCAACGAUCUGAAUCGCCAAAGCAGUCCCGGCAGGCCACUCUACAACGAGAUGAAUGCGUCCCGUAACAUUGAUCCACGCAAUGGCACGCCGCAGCGGCCCUCGAAUCUGGGCUUGGAUAGCAGUCCACGCAAGCCAUUAGUGGAAACCAAAACCGAUUACGGCAAAUAUAGCCGGAACAACUCCGUGUCGCAGGCGGACUACAGCAAAUUGCCGAAGAAUCCGCACGGUCAGCCGCCAAAUGGCGGGCCAACGAAUGGCAGUGCCACGCCCAGUAGCAAUGGCAGCGGUCCGUUCAAGCCAGUGCCGCCGCCCAAGCCCAAAAACUAUCGACCACCCGUGCAGAGCGGCGGCAGCAGCGGCAGUGGUGGCACCACACCCUGGGAGAAUGGCGACUCGGGCUCGCCGCGUUCACCCAAUGGCUUCUACUAUCCGCCAACGCCCUCGCAUCAUCAUUAUGGCCAACAGACGCCGGCGCCCGGCUCACCGCAUCAGGGCCAACCCAGCAAUGGACACAUGCAGCAGCCCACCUACGUUGCCAGCAAUGGCAACUAUGGCCAGGCUCCGUCCCAGCAACAACAACAACAACAGCAGCAGCAACAGCAGUAUCCACAAGCUAAUGGCUACAGUGGCAACAGUCACCACUAUAAUGGUGGAAGUGGCACUGGACCCUACAUAGCACCACAUCGAGGCAUGCCACCGCCAAUAGGUAAUCUUCCACCCCAUACACCCGAGCGACAUGCACUCGACCUGGCUGGCAGUCGGGAGCAGCGCGGCUCUGCCUUUGAGCUGUAUCGUAAGCCGCAAAUCGGCGCCGCUGUGGGGCACCAUCACAACAUGAGCGAAAUGGAGCCAUACGAUGCGCGCUGCUACGAUGAUUAUUAUGCCAUGCCACCACCCGGUCCUCAUCAGCAACAGCAACAGCAACAACACCCACAUCCCUAUCAGCACCCCUCUCCCCAUCCCCCUCCCCAUCAAAUGCAACGUUCGCGUUCCGCGCCACGUUAUCCAAAUGAGCGUCCGCCGCAUGUACAGGAUCCCAACUACUACAGUCACUACGGUACAGGCAGUCGUGGCUAUAGGCGCCACGAGCAGCACGAUCAGCAGCUGCAGCAGCAGCAGCAGUUGCAUCCGCAGGAGCUGUACUAUGAUGAGCACGGCAUAGAGAUGCCACCACUGCCGCCACCGCUGCCCCCACACAAGACGAAGAAGAAAUCGGUGCUAAAGAGCCCACUGGCAGCCCUGAAGAAUGCCCUAAUGAAAACCACGCGACCGCUGCGCCGCAUGAACAGCAUGGUGGAGCCGGAGCGGAAACCGAAGGGUGUGCGUCGCCAGCAAUCGAUGCUGGAGCGUGGCGUCCAACGGCCCUAUUACCCGGACGAGUAUCCCACCUAUCCGGCUGGCUUUGACGAACGUCCGCCAUUGCCGCCACCUGGUGACGCCUACUAUCGCACUCCUUAUCCACAGCAGCAGCACCAGCAGCAGCAGCAGCAACAGCAGGAGAUGAUGAUGAUGAACAGCACGUAUCAGAAUCUGGAGAGUGAGGAUAUCUAUGGCAAUAUUGGCGGCACACAGCCGCGGCCGCAGAACAACGGCUAUGCCGGCUAUGAUCAAUAUGAUCUCUAUGCGAAUCGGGCCUGCAUCGAUCUGGAACGUCGCCAGGCCGAGGCAGAGGCGGCAGCGAACAGCGGACACAAUGGUGGACGACGCAUUGUGCGACGUCACAGCACCACAACAGCUGAUCGUGGUGCAGCCGCACCUGGCAGACGACAGAUGCCGAUGCAACAGCAGCAUUCGUCGCAACAACAGGAGAUUUAUCAGACACGCCACGAAGCCUAUAUGGAGCAGAAGCGACGAGCGCCCAACUCAGAGGUGAUGACCCGCCGACGCUUCUACCCCGGCGCUGCCAAUGAGCAGGGUGGCGAGGAGCCGCCGAUGGAGCCGAUGGAGCCGAUGUAUCAGUCACGUCGCGAAAUGCAACGCGAGAUGCAACGGAAUCAUUUGUAUCAGUCCAAGCGCGAGAUGCAGGAGCGCAUCAUCCAGGGCAAGCGGGACAUGGAACGGGAGCUGAGUGCGCAGAGCAGCAGUCAGUCCGAUGAUCGCUCCGAGGAGCGCUCCGAACGUUCCGAUGGCGGCAACUAUCCGACGCGACGGGAGGCGACGCGCACCCAGCUCCGUGACCAGAUCUAUCAGACGCGACGCGAGGCACUCGACAGCAUGGCGGAGCCGAUAUAUGUCUCCAAGCGGGACAUGGGUCGCCCGGCGCCCAUCUAUGAGACGCGCGAGGAGAGCAUCCUGCAGUCGCGCGAGAAUGAGACGGACGAGAAGAAGGAGAAGGUGUGCAAAACCGAGCAGGUGCUGGUGGAGAUCAAUAAUGUGCAGCCCGAGGAUGCGUUGGAUAGCACGCUGAGUCGCUCGGACCUGCAGAAAUCCUCAGAUACGAUCAUCGAGAAUACGACACUGAUGCCCGCCAAGCCAGGCCAAGCGCCACUGGUGCAGGCUGAAAUCGAUGACGAUGCCGAGCAGCAGGCGGAUCCGGAACUGGAUCAGGAGGCAGAUAGCUCUGCAGAGCCAGCAGAGCAACCGACCACAAUUGAGAAUCGUCAGCAGCACAAUGAGGCCAUGUUGGUUAGCGAAACGCAAAACAUUUCCGACGACGUCUUCGAGGCCACCGAUCAGAUAAGCCCAUUGCCGUGUGCAGAGCCAGCUACUCCGGCCAGUUCCUCCUCGGCGGCCGCCUCGCCACGUGCUCUACGUGCGCCCUUUCACAUUUCCAACAUACUGAAGCGGACGGGUCCGCCGCCCACGGCACCCAUCGGCGACAGUUGCACCUCCAUUGAGACGCAGUACACCUCGCAGGCCAGUUUGCCGGUGGGUCCGCCCAAUGCCACCAGCACUCCAUUUAGCAGCAACAUGUCGCUGCCCAUUGCGGGUCCAGUUAGUAGUCCGCCUGCAGCUGCUCCUUCGGCUACUGCUGCUGCUGCUGCUGCUGCCACUGCUACGGCUACUGGUCCAUUUCCCAGCUUGCCACGUGAGCCGAGCACGACGCGUGGCUUCUUUGAUUCCGGCGGUGGCACUCUGGCCGACAAACUGUGGCACGUCUCGCUGCAGAUACCGCCGGGUGCGAUACCAUCGGGAGUGCGCCAGGAGAUCUACUUUACGGUCAGCGAUCCGCGCAUGGGACAAGCAGUUGGUGGACCACCGCUCGACAUGGAAAAUGGUGAAACGAUGUUAUCGCCACUCGUCAUGUGCGGGCCGCAGGGCCUUGAGUUUCUGGUGCCGGUUACACUCAAUAUACCGCACUGUGCCGGACGCACCGCAUCGCUGGGUCUGGCGCUGAAGGCCACCGACAGUGAGAAGAACCUGCACACCGAAUGGGACAACAUUGAUCUGCCCAGCAAUGCGGCUGCUCACACAGUGUCCGUCAAGGUGGAUCACUUCUAGGCCGAAUAGCACUAUGGUUAAAUAUUUAUAGAGAGCUAGUAGCUCAUCAUAAAACACACAAAAACCCACACACAUGGAAGGAACCGAAUAAUAAACAUUUAAUCGAUUGUAAAUAAUUUCAUUAAAUUACACAUUAAGCCAGAAUUCCACGACAAGAGCGCAACAAAUAAUAAUAGCAACUUAGGCAUUGCUUAUAAUAAAAUUAAUUUAACUUAAUAUUGUUUGUUAAUUGUGCCUUUAAGUGAUCGAUUGCUUCUGAACCAAGUGUCGUAUAAAAUAAGCGAACGAGUUAAAAAUUGUACUAAGCAAAAGCAACAAAAAAUUCUGUAUAAAAUUUUUAGCAUAUAGUUUGAUAACAAACAAAUUGUAUAUUUUAAAGAAAUUUAUUUACAUUUAUUACUAUGUAUGUAUUUUAAAAGUUUACAUUAUUGUACUCAAAUCGAAAAUAUUUCAUUCUAAGCGACUUGCAAACUGUUUUUUUAUUUGUGACCCAUUUUAUUGCAUUGCAAAUUUAAAUAGUGUGCAAAUUUUUUGUAUACAAAAGUUAUACAUAUAAAAUACUUUUAUAUUAACUACAUAAACCAUAUAGCCAACAAAAUUAGUAUAUAUAUAUAUAUAUACAUAUACAAAUAUUCACAUUUUUGUAUUAGAAAUGAAUGAUAUACAAUUAGAAAGCUUGGGAAUAAAUAAAGGAGCAUCAACAAAUAAA